UUUGGCGUUAUUUUGUGCAUAUAUUAUUUGGGCUGUCAUUUUCACACUCCGAAUUCCACUAGCAGUGGAUAUCAUAUUUGCAGUAAUAACGAAUAUCGCGGUGUCGAUCAUUUGUGGUUUGGAAGCAACUUGUCUUGAAUGGAAAUUGCGUUUGAUUUCACUUGUGUUGGCUACAGUGUUCGCCGUUUUAAUAUUUCUUCCAGCUAUAUUCACGAAGUCAUUCAUACUGUCAAACUUUGCGAUCCAAAUAAUCUGCUCAUCAUUAAUGGGAAUAAUUUUAUUCAUUCUUAUUAUUCUAUUAUGGAUUGGCUUUCAUUUUCAG